AUGUGCGAAAUUGAGUCCGUUCCGUGCCCUGACCGACCAUGUGAGCACGGAAUUUGCUUCUCAGAUCAAGAAGGACGGCACUCGUGCAAGUGUGAUCACCGAUUCGAGGGACAAUACUGUGAGCUUGAUAAAGACGAGUGUGCGCUAAAGGUAUGCCCAGCGGAUGCAACAUGUGUGAAUCUCACUCCACAACAUAACGAUGACAAAGGUUAUUCGUGCAUUUGCCCAGAAGGCUACACUGGCGAAUUCUGCGAGCUUGAAGUUGACCUGUGUGAGCUACACAUAAAACAAGGUGGAAAUUAUUGCUAUAAUGGCGGCGUAUGUGAGGCGCGGUACGUUUGUAUGUGUCAGGACGGAUUUGGCGGACCUCGCUGCGCUCAUCGCGUACCACGUUUGGAAGAGUACGAGGAAUUUGGUUGUCCUGAACGGGCAGAAGUAUGUGCAAAACUUUUUGAUGACGGGAAAUGUGACGAAAUUUGCAAUCGUGAGUCGUGUCUAUUCGAUGGGUUCGAUUGCAACAAGCGAGAAGGAGCUGUGUGUAGGCAUCCUUCCGAGUGUGCAUACAAAUACGGCGAUGGUAGAUGUGAUGAGGAAUGCGCAGGAUUAGAGUGUGGAUAUGAUGGCGGUGACUGCGAAGGGAAGAACGCGACGUCAUACAGCAGCGAUGCUAACAUGAUUGGUGUUGCAGUAGGAGUACCACCGGACAUUGCCGUGAAGAACUUACGCCAGCUGCAAGCGGAACUGGCACAGCGUCUUUACACCCACGUGAGCUUGGCUGAAGACAGGGAUGGCAUUAUGGUGUUCGAGUGGGCUACAGAUUCUGGGCAAGGGAACCGCAUAACAGUUGUGGAUGAGCAGGUUGUAGCAAGUGAAGUGGAUACGAAUGUGAAUGGCACAAUGGUUUUCUUCGACGUUGACACCUCAGCUUGUCGUAUUCGGCGUCGUAAGGGUUACGCACAGCCACGUUGCUUCACCGACCUUCGCGCUGCAGCCACUUACCUGACUCUAGAGCUGGCACGUAGCGGACCUUUGGGCGGAGAAACCUUACCAAUUCGCGACAUUUCUUGGAAAAAGAGACAGGUAAGUACUCUGCCUUUUAUA